AUGUCCCUGGUGUACGAUGCGAAAAGAUGUUCUUCUUCGUUUUCUUCGAGAUGCAGCAGCAGCAUGAGCAGCAGCAUGAGCAGCAAAGCUCAACACCAUCAUCAUCGUCCCCUAAAAAUAAUAAGAAGAACAAUAUCAAACCAAAUCGUCCCGUCUGGGAAACCGGAUCAAAAUGGCAUCGUCCCGUGCUUAGGGCCGGGAAUGUGCGAAUGGCCGGACGCGUGGCAAUAUUUAGUGAAAACGAAGCGAAUGCCAACCAUCGACGCUCGGAAAGCGAUGCAGAUGCAAAAAAAAGGCGCCCUGAUUGUGGACGUGAGAUUUCAACCAGAUUUCGAGCAGUGGUCGAUCCCGGGGUCGAUCAACGUCCCGUACAUCGAGGGCGGUUUGUUAGCGAAACUUCGUCUGCCGGGAUUUAAGAAGAAAAAUAUGAACUUUGUGAAUGACAUGCAACGAGUGGCGGAGUUGAAACAGGAUAUCAUCUUGGUCGAUAUUUGGGGCGGGACGUUGCUGAGCGAACCGCCAAAGAACCGAGGGUUGACGGAUAACACGAAAGGCGCCGGCUCGUUACCGGCUGCGUUUGAAAUGUACCAAGUCGGAUACACGAAGUUAUACCACUUAGCGGGAGGGGUGAAUCAAUACUACGAGGACGCGUACAAAUACCCGAACGAGUUACCGGAACCGGAUUCAAAAUGGCCCGGGGAUUUGGAGUGGUUCGGAUAUAGGCAGUUCAACGGCAAAGAUCGAGCGAAAGGACAAAGAGACGAUUAA